UUAGCUGUGCCUUCACAAUCAGGGUCACUUGCGAGCUUUGAAAAAUAGAUGGAACCUAAACGUCGAAGCUGUUAUUAAGUUUCAUUUAAACGUAAUCCUAUGGACCGCCUAGCAUCUUUUGCAAAUGACCCCUCCGAUAAACCGCCGUGCAGAGGUUGUUCAUCGUAUCUGACUGAGCCUUAUAUCAAAUGUGCAGAAUGUGGACCCUCACCUUUCCUGCUGUGCCUCCAGUGCUUCACCAGAGGAUUUGAGUACAAGAAGCACCAGAGUGAUCACAAAUAUGAAAUCAUGACGUCAGAUUUCCCCGUGCUGGAGCCUGGGUGGACAGCCCAGGAAGAGAUGGCCCUGCUUGAAGCCGUCAUGGACUGUGGCUUUGGAAAUUGGCAAGAUGUUGCGUAUCAGAUGCGCACUAAAACCAAAGAGGAGUGUGAGAGCCACUACAUGAAGAAUUUCAUCAAUAACCCACUCUUCUCCUCCACCCUGCUCAGCCUGCGGAAAGCAAAAGACUCUCGUGUUGCAGAGGGCGCUAUUCCUUUUAAACCGAGCGACGAUCCCCCUCGGCCCACAUUUGACUCGGUGCUGUCUCGCGACAUGGCUGGAUACAUGCCUGCCAGAGCCGACUUCAUGGAGGAGUUUGACAACUAUGCAGAAUGGGAUUUGAAAGAUAUUGACUUUGUGGAUGAUGAUUCAGACGUCCUUCGUGCACUGAAGCUUGCAGUUGUUGAUAUUUAUCAUUCAAGAUUAAAGGAGAGACAACGGAGGAAGAAGAUAAUCCGAGACCAUGGAUUGAUCAACCUGCGGAAAUUCCAGAUGCUGGAGCGAUGCUACCCAAAGGAGGUGCAGGAGCUGUAUGAUGUCAUGAGAAGAUUUGCCAGAGUGGUUGGACCAAUUGAACAUGACAAAUUCAUCGAAAGUCACGCAUUGGAGUUUGAGCUGAGGAGAGAGAUCCGCAGGCUGCAGGAGUACAGGAAAGCAGGGAUCAAGUCUUUCUGCAGUGCCAAGGUGUACGAGCGGGUGAAGCGAAUGCGUGAAGACGAGCGGAGGAAGAGGACCAUGCUGUGUGACGUGCUGCAGUACAUCCAGGAUGGCAGAGCCUGUCAGCAGUGGCUCAGCAAACAGGCUGCAAUAGAUGCUGGAAUCACUCCAGCUGUCACAACAAUCACAGUGUCAGCAACAGGUAGGCGGAGCGCCCCACCUCUCAACCUGACCGGACUGCCGGGAACAGAGAAGCUCAACGAGCGGGAGAAAGAGCUGUGUCAGGUGGUGCGGCUGGUACCGGGCGCCUACCUGGAGUACAAACAAGCUUUACUUAACGAGUGCAGACGGCAGGGCGGGCUGCGGCUGGCGCAGGCGCGGGCGCUGAUCAAGAUCGACGUCAACAAGACUCGCAAGAUCUAUGACUUCCUAAUCAAAGAGGGUUACAUCACCAAGGCGUAGGAGUGUUUGACCACAGUGGGAAGUUCGAUCGUGGUUAGUGUUUAGUUUGUUUUUAAUCUUGUAAUGUUGUCAGCUCAAGUUUUGUAAGACGUUCAGAUUGUUGCUGCUUGUUAUAUUAUAACAUUUGUUAUUGUGUGUUUUUAGUUUAAAUGUACUCAAGUCUUGUAUAAUUGUGAGAAGAACAGGGGAUUGUAUUAAAAUUAUGUAUUUAUUUCUCCUGAUAUAAAGUGUUAGAAAAUGACCUGAUGUACAUGUUGAUAUUUUUAAACUGUAAAAGAGCCGCUUGGAUUAAAAUUCUUGGUAACUUUUUAGUUUACUGUAGGUUUGAAUUAAUAAGCGGAUUCAUUUAGUGAAAUUAGGAACCGGAGCACCAUUUGGUCAUAAAUGUGAGGCUUGUCGAAACCAUACAAUUCAGUAAAUUUUAUAGUAAAAUUAUAUUUAUAACAUGAAUAUUUACUUCAAAUCUUUUUUUUAGCUGUUUUUGUACUUCCUAGUGGAGAUCCGUUUGCAUUUGCAAAAAACAAGUGAUGAAAGGAGCUCUUUUAUGAAAUGAGUGGUUUUUCAGGGCUGCUUAUAGAGCAAGGUAACUGUUUUUUUUUAAUCAGAUGUUGGUGUGAGUGGUCUCUGCCCAUUUAACUACUCCUGGAAAAACAAAAACUAUUCUAAUGAUUGUCUAACCAUGUCUUUAUUGGUUUUUACUGAGGUGUCAAAACUCAUCAUUGAGGAAGAAGUCAUCAAAUGCUGCUUUCAUUGGGGAAAGAGUAUAAAAAGAAAACAUAAUUUCAUUGUAAUUUUUUUGGAAAGCUGCAGAGGUGAAAAUUGUAUAACUGGCACAAGCCACAUAACUGCAGCACUGAGGGUUAAAAUGAUAAUAAGCAGCAUCCUCUUCGGGAUGUCAUGGCUGUUAGAUUGGAUGUAGUUUUAAUUAAUGCAGACAAUAAAAUCAAAGUCACUCGA